GGAGAUGGAUGGUGACACGUGGAGCUGCUGGGUGCCAGCCCCGGGCCAGCUUGGGCUCUCACGCCUGGGCUGUCCUGCCUGCCCCGGGGCAGUUCUGCUGUCACUGGGUCCCAGCUUUCCUGUUGUGCUGGGAGCUGAGUGAGGGAGCUCAGCCUGGCACUCGGAUUUUCAAACACAAAGCCAAGCUGGGAGCGAGGGAGCACUGUCUGAACUCCUGCCUUACCAUGAGCAUCUUGCCAUGUUCCUCGUGCAGUUUGCAGGUUUAAACCACCUGUCCUUCGACCCUGCCAGCACCGAGUCCCUGGGGCUGGGCAGCGCCGCUGGCCCGCGGGUGUCGGACAGCCCGGCUGAGGAUGGAAGCGGCCUGGGAAAGAGGAAGAGGAGCAGCAUUCCCCCAGCAGAUGGUGGCAGAAAUCUGAGCCUGGACUCCAUUCUGAUGGGAUUGCCAAUGUCCGACCCGACUGCCUGGGCCACCGCCAUGAACAACCUGGGCAUGGCUCCCAUGGGCAUGACAGGACAGCCCCUCCUGCCUGAUUUUGAUCCUGCUCUUGGAAUGAUGACUGGAAUCCCUCCAAUCAACCCCAUGAUGCCAGGCCUGGGGAUUGUCCCACCUCCCAUCCCUCCGGACAUGCCGGCUGUGAAGGAGAUCAUCCACUGCAAGAGCUGCACUCUCUUCCCACCUAACCCACAUCUUCCCCCUCCAGCCACAAGAGAGAGGCCCCCAGGGUGCAAGACAGUGUUUGUUGGAGGCCUGCCGGAAAACGGGACGGAGCAGAUCAUCAUGGAGGUGUUUGAGCAGUGUGGGGAGGUCAUAGCUAUCCGCAAGAGCAAGAAGAACUUCUGCCACAUCCGCUUUGCUGAAGAGUUCAUGGUGGACAAGGCACUUUACCUGUCUGGCUACCGCAUCCGGCUGGGCUCCAGCACGGACAAGAAGGACACGGGGCGGCUGCACGUGGACUUUGCGCAGGCACGGGAUGACCUGUACGAGUGGGAGUGCAAGCAGCGCAUGCUGGCGCGGGAGGAGCGGCACCGGCGCCGCCUGGCCGAGGAGCGCUUCCGCCCGCCCUCCCCGCCCCCCGUCGUCCACUACUCCGACCACGAGUGCAGCGUGGUGGCCGAGAAGCUGAAAGAUGACACCAAGUUCUCGGAAGCCAUCCAGACCUUGCUGACCUGGAUAGAACGCGGGGAAGUGAACAGGAGAACUGCUAACAACUUCUACUCCAUGAUCCAGUCGGCCAACAGCCACAUACGCAGGCUCGUCAAUGAGAAGGCGGCUCACGAGAAGGAGAUGGAAGAAGCUAAAGAGAAGUUCAAACUGGCUCUCUCAGGGAUCCUGGUGCAGUUCGAGCAGAUAGUGGCCGUGUACCAUUCUGCCUCCAAACAAAAGGCUUGGGACCAUUUCACGAAAGCUCAGCGUAAGAACAUCAGCGUGUGGUGCAAACAAGCAGAGGAGAUCCGUAACAUCCACAAUGAUGAGCUGAUGGGCAUUCGGAGAGAGGAGGAGAUGGAAAUGUCUGAUGAAGAAAUAGAAAACCCAGCAGAGAUGAAAGAAACGGAAGAGUCAGCGCUGGUGUCGCAGGUGGAGGCGCUGAAGGAGGAGAACGACAGCCUGCGCUGGCAGCUGGACGCCUAUCGCAACGAGGUGGAGCUGCUCAAGCAGGAGCAGGGCAAGGCCUCCAGGGAUGAGGACACCACCAAGGAGCAGCAGAUGAAGCUCCUCCAGCAGGCUCUGCAGGGCAUGCAGAAGCAUCUUUUGAAAGUCCAAGAGGAGUACAAAAAAAGAGAAGCUGAGUUGGAAAAAGUGAAAGAAGACAAACUUAAAAUAGAAACAUUACUAGAAAACCUGAAGGAGCAGCAGAGCAUGGCAGAUGAAGAGGACAAGGAGGGAGAUGCAGCUGACUGCCAAGGGAAUGAGAGCAGCACGUCCAGAGUUUGUGCCUGCAGCCAGGAGAAAGAAUGUCCAGUGGAGAAGACCUUGAGCAACAGCCCUGUGAAAUCUGAACGAGAAGUUCUCUUAGUUGGGAUAAUUUCAACGUUUCUCCAUGUGCAUCCCUUUGGAGCCAGCAUUGAGUACAUCUGCUCCUACCUGCAGCGCCUGGACAGCAAGAUCUGCACGGCAGAGGUGGAAGUUCUCAUGACACGACUGCAGAACACGUUCCGGCAGGAGCUGAGCGGGGUUGGGGCCAGCCUGGAGAAGAGGUGGAAGUUUUGUGGCUUUGAUGGGUUGAAAAUGACUUGAGCUUUGACUUAACACUGCAAACAGUGGGAUGUGGAUGCUGAGAAAACCUGGGAUGCUCCUUCCUCUGUUCCUGAUGAUUCCCUCACACCAUGGCCUCGGGGUACAAAGUGUAAGAGUGAAACCAAGUCCAGAGCAGCACGGGAAGAACCUCCAAGUUCUGCAGCUGCUUUGAUCAGUUAUUUGUUAUUGGGCAAGUGCUGUUCAAUAUAUUUGGGGAAAAAAGCUCCUGCCUGACCCUUUGAAGCACAGCGUGUUGACUCUGUGUUCUGCCAAUGUUGUAUGUGCUUGCGUGCCCAAAUUCCUUCUCCUCAACCUUCCUUCUGCUAGGAACGGCCACAGACUGUCCUGAAGCAACAACAAAGGGGCUUCUUCUGGUUUCUAGAUCACCAAAA